CUCGGUGGCCACCAUGUCUUUGACCUCUCCGUACCAGCACAAGUUGGCAGAGAAGCUCACUAUUCUGAACGACCGAGGUCAGGGCGUCCUCAUCCGGAUGUAUAACAUCAAGAAGACAUGUUCAGAUCCCAAAUCCAAGCCAUCUUUCUUACUGGAAAAGUCAAUGGAAUCAUCUCUCAAGUACAUUAACAAGAAAUUUCCUAACAUAGAUGUCCGAAACAGCACGCAACAUUUAGGACCAGUUCAUCGGGAAAAAACUGAGAUAAUUAGAUUCCUCACCAAUUACUACCAGUCAUUUGUGGAUGUCAUGGAAUUUCGGGAUCAUGUAUAUGAACUUCUCAACACCAUUGAUGCCUGCCAGUGCUAUUUUGAUAUUAAUCUCAACUUUGACUUUACUCGGAAUUACCUGGACUUGAUUGUUACUUAUACAUCAGUUAUUUUACUUCUGUCACGGAUAGAGGAUCGAAAAAUACUCAUUGGUACCUACAACUGCGCCCAUGAGAUGGUACAUGGGCAUAGCGAUUCCAGUUUUGCCCGCUUGGGUCAGAUGGUCUUGGAGUAUGAUCAGCCUUUGAAGAAACUGACAGAGGAGUUUGGGCCUCACACGAAGGCUGUGAGUGGAGCCCUCCUCUCUUUGUACCCCCUCUUCGUCCGAAGGACCCAGGGCGCUGAGCAGUGGCGCAGUGCUCAACUUCUAAGUCUCAUCAGCAACCCCCCAGCCAUGAUUAACCCUGCUACUUCAGACACAAUGGCUUGUGAGUACCUGUCUGUAGAAGUCAUGGAGCGUUGGAUCAUCAUCGGGUUUCUUCUCUGCCAUGGGUGCCUUAACUCGAACAGUCAGUGCCAGAAGCUGUGGAAGCUGUGUCUGCAAGGCUCCCUCUACAUCACCCUCAUCCGGGAGGACGUGCUGCAGGUGCACAAGGUCACUGAGGAUCUGCUGAGCAGUAAUAAAGGGUAUGGCAAGCGAGUGGCAGACAUAAAGGAAAGCAAAGAAUAUGCAAUUGCGAACAGUGGUCAGUUUCAUUGUCAACGGCGGCAGUUCCUUCGGAUUGCAGUGAAGGAGCUGGAGGCUGUGUUAGCGGAUGAACCAGGACUACUGGGACCCAAGGCUCUUUUUGCUUUCAUGGCGCUGUCCUUCAUUCGUGAUGAGGUCACCUGGCUGGUUCGCCAUUCGGAAAAUGUCACCAAGACAAAAACGCUCGAAGACUAUGCCGACUCGAGCAUUGCAGAACUGCUUUUCUUAUUGGAGGAGAUUAGGGCUCUGGUCCGAAGACACAUCAGAGUGAUACAGCAAUACCACCUUCAGUACCUGGCCAGAUUUGAUGCUCUUGUGCUCAGCGAUAUCAUUCAAAACCUGUCUGUAUGUCCUGAAGAGGAAUCCAUUAUCAUGUCCUCAUUUGUCAGUACUCUCUCCUCUUUGAAUAUCAAGCAAGGAGAUAAUGGAGAGAAAUAUGAAUUCUCUGGAUUGAGGCUUGAUUGGUUUCGUCUACAGGCAUAUACCAGUGUGGCCAAAGCUCCCCUGCACCUGCACGAGAACCCUGAUCUAGCCAAGGUGAUGAACCUCAUUGUCUUUCACUCCCAAAUGUUGGACUCGGUAGAGAAAAUAUUGGUGGAAACUUCUGACCUGUCAACUUUCUGCUUUCACCUCCGCAUCUUUGAGAAGAUGUUUGCUCUGACCCUGGAGGAACCUACCAUGCUGCGCUAUGCCAUUGUUUUCCCCCUGAUCUGUGCCCAUUUUGUCCACUGCACUCAUGAAAUGUGCCCAGAAGAGUAUCCCCACUUAAAGAACCACGGUCUUCAUCAUUGCAACUCCUUUCUGGAAGAGUUGGCCAAGCAGACCAGCAACUGUGUCCUGGAGAUCUGUGCGGAACAGCGAAACCUGAGUGAGCAGCUUUUACCUAAACAUUGUGCCACUACCAUCAGCAAGGCCAAGAACAAGAAGACUAUGAAGCAGAGGCAGAAUCCCAGGAAAGGAGAGCCUGAGAGGGACAAACCAGGAGCUGAAAGUCAUCGGAAGAACCGCAGCAUUGUCACCAACAUGGACAAACUGCACUUAAACUUGACAGAACUGGCACUGACAAUGAAUCAUGUACAGAGCUUCUCUGUGUUUGAACACACUGUCUUCCCUUCCGAGUAUCUCAGCAGCCAUUUGGAGGCCAGACUCAACAGGGCCAUUGUGUGGUUGGCUGGCUACAAUGCUACAACCCAGGAGAUUGCUCGGCCUUCAGAGCUGCUGGCAGGAGUGAAGGCAUACAUGAGUUUCAUACAGUCGUUGGCCCAGUUCUUGGGUGUAGAUGUUUCCAGAGUCAUCCGCAAUGCCCUCCUGCAGCAGACUCAGCCCCUGGACUCGUGUGGGGAACAGACCAUCACCACUAUCUACACAAAUUGGUACCUAGAAAGUCUGCUUAGGCAGGCGAGUGGCGGGACCAUCAUCCUCUCCCCGGCCAUGCAAGCCUUUGUCAGCAUCCCAAGAGAAGGGGAGCAGAACUUCAGCGCAGAAGAGUUCUCCGAUGUCUCUGAGAUGCGGGCCUUGGCUGAACUCUUAGGUCCCUACGGCAUGAAGUUCCUCAGUGAAAACCUGAUGUGGCAUGUGACAUCCCAGAUUGUGGAGUUGAAGAAACUUGUGGUAGAAAACAUGGAUGUGCUUGUUCAGAUCAGAUCUAACUUCAGCAAGGCAGACCUGAUGUCUUCUCUGCUGCCCCAGUUGACAGGGGCUGAUAAUGUGUUGAAGCGCAUGACCAUCAUUGGUGUUAUUCUCAGUUUUAGAGCCAUGGCCCAAGAGGGACUUCGAGAAGUUUUCUCCUCCCACUGUCCAUUUCUUAUGGGCCCCAUUGAGUGCCUGAAGGAGUUUGUCACCCCAGACACAGAUAUCAAGGUGAUCUUGAGUGUCUUUGAGCUGGCAUCUGCUGCAGGAGUGGGCUGUGACAUUGAUCCAGCCCUGGUGGCCGCCAUUGCUAAUUUGAAAGCUGAUACAUCGUCCCCUGAAGAAGAAUACAAGGUGGCCUGCCUGCUCUUGAUUUUUCUGGCUGUUUCCCUCCCCCUGCUUGCCACCGACCCUUCUUCUUUCUAUAGCAUUGAGAAGGAUGGUUUCAACAACAACAUCCACUGCUUGACCAAAGCAAUCAUCCAGGUGUCCGCAGCACUCUUCACACUCUACAACAAGAACAUCGAGACUCACCUCAAGGAAUUUCUAGUGGUGGCCUCCGUCAGCCUCCUGCAGCUGGGCCAGGAGACCGACAAGCUUAAAACCAGAAAUCGGGAAUCCAUUUCUCUGCUCAUGCGCUUGGUGGUGGAGGAGUCCUCCUUCCUGACCCUGGAUAUGCUGGAGUCCUGCUUCCCUUAUGUCUUGCUACGAAAUGCCUAUCGGGAAGUAUCCCGAGCCUUCUACCUGAACCGAGUGUCAGCCGGUACCCACUGAAGGGCCCUUUGGACCUGCCCUAAAGCCAUGCCACACUCCAUGCUGUGGCCAUUUCCCAGGGACGGGGAUGGGAUGGGGUCUCUAUGUUAGGAGUUAGAAGAAACAG